AUGGCCGCCCAGUACACCAGCGACGAGCACCCGGCGAGCGUCCCUGAGUUCCACCAGAAAGUGAUUCACGAGCCCGGCACCUCUGCCAUCUCGAAGAACAUCCCGCUCUCCGAGGUGAACCGCCACUGCACGCCCGAGAACUGCUGGGUGGCUCUGAACGGCAAGGUCUAUGACCUCUCGGAGUUCAUGGAUCGUCAUCCCGGCGGCCCCACGACCAUCCUCGCCUGGGCCGGAAAGGAC